UCACCAUGGAGUACGAUACCAAGACGCCGCUCUAUAACACCUCCGACAAGUCCUCCUUCGCCUACACGUCCGCCCGAGACCGCUGGCCUGUUAUCCUCACUGGCGCUAUCGACGAUGUCCACCGCGCCACCAUAAAAUCUGACGACCCUCAGACGCAGAAGGAGGGUAAGCAGAUUGUCGAAGGCCUGGCGAAGCUCAAGUACGAGCUGCAGCAUGACCGCCAAUUGACCCCGCUCCCGGACGUCGGCGAGCCGGACAUAGCUGGAUACAACAAGGAGCUGGAGCAGCUCGGCGCACCCAAAUGGUUCAAUGUGCCGUGGCUGUACGCGGAAUGCUACCUCUACAGGCGCGUUAGCACAUUGUUCAGUCUCUCUCAGAAAUGGAAGAGCUACGAUAUCUUUUCCAACCAAAAGAUGUCGACCUUCAAGUCCUCCCGUCCCGCCGUCCUUGAGCUCGCCGCAAGAUACAAGGAUCUCGUCACCCAGAUUCAAUCCGGAAACAGCAAGGAGUCGUCUAUGUCUGCGGAAGAGAAGGAGGCUGCGGACAGGAUUCUCUUCAUGGAGAUGUGCGAGAUCUGCCUGUGGGGUAACGCGACGGACCUGUCGCUCCUGACGAACCUCACCUACGAGGACAUCCAGAAGCUGCAGGGCUCAGAAGCGCGCAAGGCGGCGGAGAAGAACAUCAUCGCCAACGACCUGGGUGCAGCCUACGACGUUCUUCUGGCGGCCAAGAAGGCGGGGAAGAAAGAGCGCAGGCUGGACAUCGUCCUGGACAACGCCGGGUUCGAGCUGUUCGUCGACCUGAUCCUGGGAGGCUACCUGCUGUCGGCCGGCCUCGCCACCAACGUCGUCCUGCACCCGAAGUCGAUCCCGUGGUUCGUGUCAGACGUCCUGCCCAAGGACUUCAGUGACCUGCUGAACGCGCUGGCCGACCCCCAGACCUUCUACACCUCGCAGUCGGACGACGACAAGCACGCCGAGCGGACGCACCCGCCGCUGUCAGACAAGGAGCUCGGGGAGCUAGGCUUCCUGUUCCAGAACUGGAGCGACCACCACGCCGAAGGCCAGCUCACCAUCCGCCCGAACCGCUUCUGGACCGAAGGCGGCAGCUACUGGCGCCUUCCUAAGACGGCGCCCGAGCUGUACGAAGACCUCAAGACCAGCGAGCUCGUCAUAUUCAAGGGCGACCUCAACUACAGGAAGCUGACCGGCGAUGCAAUCUGGGACCCCACGACGUCCUUCCACGAGGCCAUCGGCCCACUCGGCCCCAGGUCUGGCCUCCGUACGCUGGCGCUGCGGACGUGCAAGGCCGAUGUCGUCGUCGGCCUGCCCGAGGGCCGCGACGAGGAGCUGAGGGCAUCGGAAAACGGCGGCGGCAACGAGUCCCGCAAAUGGGCUUGGAGUGGCAAGUGGGCUGUUGUCCAGUUCUGCGAUGGCAAGGCUUGAGCCGGCCUUGUUGGUUGCCGCUUUGCUCCGCACCUCGGGGUUUACUGUACAAUAUGCUAGAUACGCUUGCUAGAAUAGAGCUUAGAAACAACCUCAUGGCCCAC